UGUGGUCAGAAACAAAAAAAGUCCAUCAAUUGAAAAAGAAAGGAAUAAAAAAAUCCAGCAAACAUUAGAGGCAGGCGAUUCCUUCAUCCCAAUACAAGCAAAUAAAGGCCUUGGUAAUAAGAACAAAAUUGAAAAAUCGUGGGGAAAAGAUUCAACCAAAACAGAAAACAGAAAAAGGUCAAAUGAGAACCAAACAGUUGAAAAGGAAAGGAGCAAGAAAUUUAAGCCAAUGUUAGAGACAGAGAAAAGAACUAGUAAGAGCUGGAAAAAGAGGGUCGUUGGAGGAGAAGAAACACAUGCAAAGCCACGCAAAACACAAAGUGGGAAAGAGAAAUCUCAGUUAAAAGGAGAUUCUGUGUUUGUUGGUAACAUUGAUUUGAAAGCAAAACGCAAAAGCAUACAGAAAUUUUUUCAGACAUAUGGUGAGGUUGUAGGUGUACGUAUCUGCAGUCUUGAUCAGGCACACCCACAGGACAGAAAGAACAUAGCAUCUUUUAAAAAGAGUUUGCAGUUCCAGCAAGCUUCCCAGUGUUCCUAUGUGAAGUUUAAGAGUGCAGAAUCAGCAACAGCAGCAUUAGAUGCCAACAAUAAGAUAUUUCGGGGAUUCAGUAUUGUAGUUUUUAGUGCUUGUGGAAAUCGAAGUGUCAGUGGCAAAGCCUCGGUAUUUGUGGGAAAUGUUCCAGUUGACACCAAUGAAGAAGAGCUCGAGAAGAUAUUCCAGGAGUGUGGUGAGGUUGAAAGUGUGCGAAUAUUUCGUGAAAGCAACUCUGACACUGAGAGAGCAAUUGCCUAUGUUAACUUUGAGACUCCAGAGGCCAUUGCACAUGCUAUCAAGAAGAACAACACAAGGCUUAGGGGUCAGGGCUUAAGAGUACAACGUUAUUCAUUACAGGUUCAGAUGGAAAAAAAUCGUAAAAAGAUAAGUGCCAAUAGACAGAAGAGAGAAAAAAGGGCUUCACUGGCAAAACCCCAAACAAACAGAAAGAAUGUGGCUGGCAGAGAGCCCUGGCAAAGGGGAGACUGGAGGCCAUCUAAUCAUGGAAACAGACCCUUCACAGGAGGGAAGUUCAGAACAAAUGACAAGACAGUGGAAGGAGACAAGAAAAAAGUGUCAGACACACAUUUGCAGACAGAUGUAAAACCAAGAAAGCAUAUCAGAUUUGAUGAAGAGAAUAACACAUCAAGAGGCAACAUGAGACCACAGUCAGUAGAUUUUCAACCAGUGUUACAUGUCACAAACAUGGAUAAACCAAAGCUUCAUUUAAAAUUUGAUGAUUAAUGGUACAUUUAUGUAUAAUACCUGUAGAAGUGGUAAAAGAAAUAUAUAAAGAUAUACAUAUGAUUAUAAGGAGGAAGAAGAAAAUGAUGAAAGUUUAAAUUUGUUAUAUCAGUGAUAAAUAAGUCAUUGUUUACAAUUUACAUGUAUAUUCUUUCUUGUUAUUACAUGAAGGUAACAUUUGGUAAAUAAUAAAUCAUUAUUUUUAUA